GGGGGAGAGAGAGAGAGAGAGGGAGAGGGAGGGAGGGAGAGAGAGAGAGAGAGGAAUUAGUGGAGUUGAGUUUCCUCAGGUGUUUGGCUCCAGUCAUGGCCGGGAGCUCAGAGAAAGUACCGAUCGCCUCGGCGGGACCAGAGGACCUGCAGCAGUUCAUGCCUCCGGCCUACUCCGCCGUGGCGGUGAAACCCGCCGCCACCGGCCGCCUCCUGAAGGCCGGGAUCGCGGUCCUCAUCGCCGGAGCUCUGCUGCUACUGCUGGGGGCUGUUGGAGCUUUCUACUUCUGGAACAACAACGAAAAACACGUCUACAAUGUCCACUACAGCAUGAGCAUCAAUGGCAAAGUGGAGGAGGGGUCAAUGGAAAUCGACACAGCCAAUAACAUGGAGAAAUUCAGCACCGGCAGCGGGGCGGAUGAAGCCGUGGAGGUCCAUGACUUUGAGAUUGGGAUCACAGGGAUUCGGUUUUCAGGAGGAGAGAAGUGCUACAUCAAGACCCAGGUGAAGGCUCGUCUGCCUGACGUGGAGGCUCUUAACAAGGAAUCGAUGACAUUUGACCUGGAGGAUGAGGUGAUGCCGGCCAAGUUUGAAGAAGACCUCAUCUGGGUGGCGGCUGACACACCCCUCUCGGACUCCGCCUUCCUCAGCAACAAGAUCAAGGACCUGUGCGGAGACCUGCCCAUCUUUUGGCUCCGUCCCACCUACUCGACAAGCGGACAGAGGAAGAGGAGGGCUGCCCCCCGCCAGCGCCGCCAGGCAGCCGGGGCCGGGGAGGAGGAGGAGGACGUGGAGGCAGAGUUCAACCCGGAGAACCCCUAUCAGAGAGGCCUCGAGGGCGAGCAGGGCAACAUGAACAUCGACCCCAUGCUGGACCACCAGGGCGUGUGUUGCUCCGAGUGUCGCCGCAGCUACACCCACUGCCAGAGGAUCUGCGAGCCGCUGGGAGGCUACUACCCGUGGCCGUACCAUUACAGAGGCUGCAGGGUGGCCUGCAGGGUCAUCAUGCCCUGCAACUGGUGGGUUGCACGAAUCCUGGGUCUCGUGUAGAUGCCCCACCCCCCCUGCUCGGCCGCCCACCUGGGAGAUGGUAGUGUCCAGGAUUGAAGAAAAACAAGGGGGAGGGAGGGAUGGGGGUUCCAAGGGAGGGGGAUAUGAAGGGAAAAGUUUAGCUUCUCCUUUACUUUAGUCACCUGUUGAUCUGAGCUGAUUAAUAGAAAAUGAACAGCUUCAGUAACCGUGUCCACUCAUUAUAAAUGCAUGGUACAGAAUCUAGGACACACAUGAUCUCACAUGUAAAGGUAUGCAGUCUCUGCUCACUGCACAGCUUCUCUUAUUAAAAAAACAUACCUGCUUUCCAUUUAGAUCCCUCUGAACUACAGCACGACACGCUGUCGAGAGAACAUUCAGCAGGUUAUGAUAUGAGACAUUCAGCAGACCUGUUUUCAAUCAAAUGCAAUGACAUCUAUUGACACCAGGAUAGAAACGCCACAGAUUUAUGUGUGGGAAUAGCAGGUUUAAAUUGUAUUUAUAGAGCUGACCUUUUCUUUCAUCCUUUGCUUUUUGAUGUAAAUAAAUGUAUAGGGUGCGUAGUGUUUCAAUAGCAGUCAGUCGGCUUAAGUAGCUUCUGCUGUUUAUUUUACUUUUCAUCACCCUAGUGAGAAAUAUUUUGGACUCCUGUGUUUUUAACUCUUUUCCCUGUUUGGUCUUCAUAAGUAGCUCUCAUUAGAACAACGUACUGUACGUUCCCUCUCACAAACUUUCAUCUAAAUGUAUUUUUAUCUGCAGUGAAGAAGUUAUCUCAAAGUGCAAUAUCACUGAAUAAACUUUUUUAAGUAAA